UUGCUACUCAAGCUGUGAGCAAGCUGUAUUGCUACCGCAGCGGCUGAAGAGGGGGGGAUAGCCCUUCAGUUUUUUUUUUCUUUAAAAUUAUUGGAUAAAUAAAACACUAAGGGCAAGAGAACACUGAAGACAACAUCAACGCAGAAUGUCCGAUUUUGACAGCAACCCGUUUGCAGAUCCGGACUUCAGCAACCCAUUUCAGGAUCCUUCAGUGACACAAGUAACAAGGAAUGCCCCUCCAGGGUUGGAAGAAUAUAAUCCCUUUACUGAUGCACGAACGGCACCCCCAGGCACUGCUUCCAAAGUGCCUCCAUCUUCCAACACACAGCCUGCUAUCAUGAAGCCCACAGAAGAGCCACCACCCUAUACACAGCAGCAGCAGACACAGGACCAGGCCCGGGCUCAGGCAGAGCUGUUGAGGCGCCAGGAGGAGCUGGAGAAGAAGGCUGCUGAGCUAGACCGACGGGAGAGGGAGAUGCAGUCUCUCAGCCAGCAGGGCGGAAGGAAAAACAAUUGGCCGCCACUUCCAGAAAAGUUCCCUGUAGGGCCCUGCUUCUACCAUGAUAUUGCUGUAGACAUACCUGUGGAGUUCCAGAAGACCGUCAAAAUCAUGUAUUAUCUGUGGAUGUUCCACACAGGAACACUGUUUGUGAAUAUUUUUGGCUGCCUGGCCUGGUUUUGCGUGGAUGCUCAGCGGGGAGUGGACUUUGGCUUGUCAAUGCUGUGGUUUAUGCUCUUUACUCCGUGCUCCUUUGUCUGCUGGUACAGACCCCUGUAUGGGGCAUUCAGGAGUGACAGCUCAUUCAGGUUCUUUGUUUUCUUCUUUGUAUAUAUCUGUCAAUUUGGGGUACAUGUGCUACAGGCAAUUGGCAUUACAGGAUGGGGCAACUGUGGCUGGAUUUCUGCACUCACUGGUCUGAACAAAAGUAUUCCUGUGGGAAUAAUUAUGAUCCUUAUAGCAGCCCUUUUCACAGCCUCUGCAGUGAUUUCAUUAAUCAUGUUUAAAAAGGUGCACGGCCUGUACCGAACCACGGGAGCCAGCUUCGAGAAGGCUCAGCAGGAGUUCGCGACGGGAGUCAUGGCAAACAAAACGGUCCAGACGGCGGCCGCCAACGCAGCCUCCAAUGCAGCCUCAAACGCGGCGCGCGGCGCUUUCAAGGGAGAUCAAAUCUGAGCAGACUGAGCGCAUCGACCUAACCCCCCCCUACCCCCCCCCACUCAUUACCGCAGCCACACUGCCCUCCUUCCAUGCCUCCCUCUUCUGUUCAGUGUAGAGAUGACUUCGCUUCCCUCUUGUUUAUUUAACGCACACUCCACUAGCGGACUCCAGCCCUUCCAUGUCACUUAGCAUGUCUGUAAUCCGUCGUUCACUUUAACGUACGUGCGCAUGGGCUGAGAAACAGAUGAACAAAGGCUUGUCAGUUUUAAUGAAGUACAUUAAUGCAUUUAUGAGGUAUUUUUAAUGACAUUUUGGGGUUUUUUAUUUGCUCUUUGGGUUUUUGAUUUACCCUGAUUAGUAAAUAGGGAAUAGCAAUAAGAGUCAUGAAUGGAUGACAGGUUGCAGAAACUGUUGGUUGGUUUAUCCAAUUCAUUUGCACAGCUGUAAAGCAGUAAGGAGGUCCAACAAGGCCUCACUUCCCAUCUUCCUGUGUUUUUACUCUGACCUGCCCUAUGAGUGUGAUACCAUCUUCAUGCUCCAGGUCUACCUUGAAGGUGAUGUCCCAUUGUUUUGCUCGAAUUCUUUCUUUCAUCUUGAGAUAUUUCACUACAUAAUGUGCAGGACAUUGAAGUGUUCAAACUAAUCAAACACUAUUAGUUCUUGGAGCUCACCGGUCACUUUGUCUCACUUGACAAACCAAAGUGUUGAUGUUAGAGUGACUGAGCCCAGUUGGGCCGUACCAGUUUGAUAAGUGAUCCUGUUUCUGAUAUUUGAAACCUGGAUUCACAGUCCCCGCUGUUCAGGCUUUUUACAAGGUCAUCCACUCAAGAUGUUCUUCAGGUAAUGUCUCUGUCUCAUGGGUGAGAGAUCCAGUUUCGAUCAUUAUACUUCAGUUUAAUCAUCAGUUCAUCACAAGAAGACGUACUCUAAUGGCACAAGAUAAUACACACCAAUCUAGUGCUAGGCUGCAUAUGAUACAAUGCAAGAUACUUACCUCUUACUGCAACUUUUAAAGUGACAUUUAAAAUAAAACAAUGCCUUGUACCUAUUGAAUGAAACACAACAAAAUUUCCGUACGGAAUGAUAGUAUGUCACCACAUUCAUUGAUCUUGUCAUUGAAAAACAAUGUAACAGUAUACGUACUGUUGGUACCAUGUAAUGCAACCUAAAAUAUUCACUAAUAAAACUAAUUGUGGGAUAAUAUUAAGAUUUAUGCAGCUUUACUUAUUUUACUUAUGACGAUCUAUCACAGUGAUAGUAACAUGAUCCUUUUAUCCGUUUGGGAAAAAUGGAUCUAAGAUGUAUUGUUAUAGUAUGUGUGGAAGCAGAGCAAGAUGGCAAAACAUGCAGUGCUCCACCCACAGAGAAAAGAUGCAGGAGGCAACAUGGCAACACUUUCAGUCUCGGCAAUAUUCAACCCCAUUGUCAAAAAAACUGUGGCUCGUAUCGAUCAUUCAACAGAAGGGUUCCAUAGAGAUCUGCCACAUGACACACAUUAUGAUAUGGUGUAUCUGUUUUUUUUUUAAAUACCAUGUGUGUCAGAAAUGUGUGUUUUGAUAAUGUGUAUUUUCAUUUAGGCUUUGUUCACCUCUGAAAAGUGUCUGGAAUGUUUGUAAGACUGGACGUUGUUCUCAGUCAUCCCAAAUACCUUUAAUGUCUCUCAUAAGAUCCAUUUUAAAAUAGUCAUUUCAGUAGAUUUCACAACACUGAAUGUGUCUGAACAUUUUCCUACAUCCUGUGCAGAAAACAGCAUGGUUCUUUGGACACUAUAGAGACCAAGAUGAAAGCCUUAAUAUAGAUACAGUGUUAGUUUUGAAUAUCACAAGUAAUUAAAUUACAUGCUUGACUGAACUCAACUGAUUAAAAGAAUACACGCAUACAUUAUCAAUAACUCUUAAAACCUUACCAAUCUGCCAACAUUUACUGAGUUAUUAGGUGCAAUUGGAGAACUUGUGAUAUUUUCAGUAUGAAAUAUAUCCAUCACUAAUGACUCGUAUAAAAGGAGGAUGUUUUUAAAAUCCAGUGAAUCCACUUUUGUCAUCUUUUUACUAAUCUUGCUCUCAUUUGAAUCAUUGUUUCAUGAUUGCUUUGGAAAUAAAAGUGACUGCAGACAUUGAUGCUGGAUUUGAGGAGACUCCUGCUUGUACUGUAUGUCUUUUUCCUUUUUGGUUUAGGGAUUUUAGAGUUUUUGGCCUGGUGUAGACAUUCUAAGGUGGCUUUGUCCGAUGUUGCUUGAGGAUUCACUCAGCUUUUCCAGAUUAUCUCCUCAUGACUGUGCUCCUCGUGCAGCUUGUCUGUUCACUGCUGGCUUUUGGUGAGCAAAUGCCAUUGAGAGCUUGUUGCUGCCACUUUGAACUACCUUGUGUAUAAAAACAAAACAACUUGUAACAUUAUUUCUUUUUGUGAAAUAAAACUUUUCUAUCAAAGUUCCAUGUAUAUACACGCUUGUUAAAAAAAAGUUCACGUCCAUCUGAAUGAACUACCCCUGUCGAUUCAUAACAAGAGCUCACUCACAAAGAGUAACUAAACCAGUAAUACUCAGGAUGUAUAUUUCAGAUGCAUGAACAAUUAUCUAAUAUUGCUUAGCUGGGCUUUGUGUUUUAUUUUUAUUCUGGCUUGCACAUGAAAAUAAAUCAGGAUAACAACACUACAGUGGAAUAUAGUACAGGAAAUAUUCCAGUUUAAUGUGUUGGUAUUCUUUGUUCUAGUGUCACACUGCUGUUACCUGUAACUUUUUUUUCAGUUUCUUCAAAGCUGUUGUGGUAAAAUAGGAACAUUCAAAAGGGUUAUCUUUAAACAUUGUAUUUAAUAUUAGGUAGAUUUGGGCAGAAUUAAUUAAAUUAUAAUGCACAUUUUUAAUUUUGGGUCCAAGAAAGAUCUUUUGAAAAUUCAAAGUAAGUUUAAUCUGGGUUAUUACUUUUUGUCAUUUAGAAAACAAUUUCAGGGUGUACACUAUUUCAUUUGGUCUUCCUUCAUGGUCUUCAUGGAUUAUUCAUUUUAGGAGGGCUAAAAUGUUUUCUUGUUUUGGUGAAUUGAUAAAUUUCCAGUGUUUUUGUUUUUUCUCAGUAUUUUGGUUUCUGAAAGGUGCAUGGUAUGACAUUUCUAGCCCUUCACAAAUUUCACAUGUACAGCUUUCUAUUCAUUCUUCAGUGUUGGUUUGGCUGUUAAGUACCUCAGCCAUUCUGUAGUUUUGAUUUUGGAAGUGAAAUUCUGAGAAGUGUUUGUUUUCAUUUCCAGAUAAAUUGAUGCAAAGGAAUAGAGAGUCGAUGUAAAGUGUGUGCUGUCAUAUUUACACCUGAAGUGUGACUUAAUCUGUUAAAAUAAUAAAUAGUAGUUCUUAAUUGGAGUUCAGUUGGACUGAAAUAGCUUACAUCAUUGUGUGGUCUUUAUCAGCAAAUUAACCCAUGAAAAAGGUUUUAAUCAUUUGUUAAAUUCCAAAAGGCUGCACAAUGUCUCAGAAUGUGUAUGAUUUUUAUUGAACACAGAUUUUUUUAGGUUAGUUGGGCUUUUUUUCUCUCUGUAGUUCUGCGUGUGAGAGCAUUUGCAUUUGUUUAGCUGCUGCAAGUUUGUUUUCCCUUUAUAAACCAAUUGUUCUUGAAUGCAGAAUGUUCCUAUUGCAGUAUUUUUAAUUUUGUUUCAAACGGUUACACAAUACCUGGUUCAAAUCAAGUAAUAUGGAUUUGAGAAAGUCAGUAGAUUUGACUCAUUGUGAUUUUUUUUUCCUUUGUGUCAUAGGACAAACUGUGGCUUUAAGUUUUGUUUUUCAUCAAUGGAAAGGUGUGUAGUUUAAACACUGAAAAGAAAAUGAGAAUGGUCCGAACUUGAUCUGUGAUUACAAUUUAUUUAAAAUACUGUGAGGGAUAUUUGUAUAUUUUGUAAAAUUGACAAUUCGUCUGGCAUUGUUCUGAAUUUCAUUGUACUGUAUAAAUUGCACUCUUUCUCCCUUUGUCGCAUGUUGAAUAGUUUGAGUUUUGUAUAUUUAUUGUGUUAACACAAAGUCACAAAAAUAAAAAGCCAACUCCCUAACCUUC